AAAUAUAUAUGUAUGUAUUUAAUAUUUAAAAGAGAAUCAAUAAUAAAAACUAAAAUGUGCUCAAAUAUAAAAAAAUGUUCAAUAUGCAGCUAUUAGAAAAUAAAAUGAGAGCGAAACUUUUGCUGUCGAAAACAUGUCACGUAUGUAACUUCCAAACUGUUUGCAAUGCAUCAAGAGUUGUGAAGAGCAUCGAUUCACAUACACCCACAAAUGACAAUCCUUCCUAUAAGAUAUAUAUAUGUACUACCUAUAAAUACGUUUGUCACUUUAAACUGAAGUUAGUUUCCUUCUUGACUUUCAUUCAGUCAUAGGAUUAUACAAAAUAUAAAACAUGGCUAUCAAGCAAAUUAUUUUUGUGUUGGCGAUUGGUAUGAUUGCAACAUGCAAAGGAUCUGCAGUUUCUUUACCAGCAGUACCAGUGGCCAAAUUCGCAUCCGUGAAUUCAGAAUUUAAUUAUGAUCCUCAUCCGCAGUAUACUUAUUCUUACGAUGUUCAAGAUAAUUUAACAGGCGAUUCCAAAUCCCAGCAAGAAACCAGAAAUGGCGAUAUAGUGAGCGGUAGUUAUAGUUUCAUUGAAGCUGAUGGCACUAGAAGGAUUGUCGAGUAUACGGCGGAUCCUGUGAAUGGAUUCAAUGCAGUUGUCCACAGAGAACCUUUGGCUAUUAUUAAACCUGCCGUAAAGAUUGCUCCAGUGGCUUUUCAUCCUUAGAGAUUUUUAGCAAUUAUUAUUGAUUGUUUAUUACUUUACAAUUUAUAAUUGUUCGCUAUUUCAAACAAAAGAAAAAUUAUUUUAACGAUAUAAGAAAUUUGUUAAUUUCAUAAAACAGAGUUUUAGCUUUCAUUGAUUUUUGCAUUUUAUUUGCUUUAUUUAUAUUGUAGCAUAAAAUAUUUGAUUGUAUUUGUAAUAAUGUUUUAUAACAAUUUUUAAUGUUUUAUAAAAAAUUUUUAAAUUAUUUUUGAAGUCAUUUAAGUUAUGCAUUGCUCAAUGUUUAAUAGAAUUAUAUUGAUAUCAUUUGCUUAUAAAAAAAAAAUUUAUCUUUUUACACUAUUUGCUAUGUAACUAGUCAUAUCACACUGUAUAUACUGCAAUUAUUUUGUAAUGAUGCGUUUAUAAUAAAAAGUCUUUUAUAAGA